CGCAGUAGGCCCAGUGCGUGCUGUCCUGGGGUGGCAGGGGGCGCAGAAGCUUGGGCUGCAGAAAAACGAUCCUGCUUGCUGUGUAAUCCUGAGAAUGGGCUGCAAGAGAGGAAAAACUGGGCAUCUGCUUGGGAAUCUCUUGCGGAAAUCCAGCACCCACUGCAGGGCUGAGCACAUAGAAGCUGCUCAGGACGUGUUGCGGGAAUGAGCAACCAGAAGUCAGUGAUGGAGGCGAAGAGAGCAGACUGGGACAGAGAGACUCUGAUGGGCUUCCCCAUGGCGCUGCUCUGUCCUGGGACUUGAGAACCUGAGGAAACCUGGACUUGAAGCAGAAGAAGGCCCCUGGGAAAGUUGGACCAUUUGGACUAUGGCGAUUUGUCUGGGUACAUAGCUGCAGUUUCUGUUUACACACUUCCUGUUUUGUACUUUGCGGCAGGGUGUUUCCAGACCAGUCCCUGGGUGCCAACUAGAGUAUGGACUGACCAGGUACCUGGAUGGAGACCUGAGCUGGAGAAGGAGAUGCGCUUGGAAAUUGCAGAGGCCGUCAACAUGGAAAAGCAGCCCCAGAACAAGAGGAGAGGCCUCGCCCCCCGAGAGGUGCCGCCAGCCUUUGGGCUGCUGCUGAUGAUGGCCCUGAUGAAUAUUCUGCUCUACCUCUGCCUCAACCACUUCUUCAUUGCUCCUCGACAAUCCAUUGUGGAUCCCAGACACUGUCCCUAUGGUCACUUCAGGAUAGGACAGAUGAAAAACUGCUCACCUUGGCUGUCCUGUGAGGAGCUGAGAACGGAAGUGAGACAGCUAAAGCGUGUUGGGGGAGGAGCCGUGAAGAGAGUCUUUCUGUCUGAGUGGAAGGAGCACAAAGUUGCUCUCUCACGGCUUACCAGCCUGGAGAUGAAAGAUGAUUUCCUCCAUGGACUGCAGAUGCUGAAAUCUCUACAAGGUGCACAUGUUGUCACGCUGCUUGGCUAUUGUGAGGAUGACAACACUAUUCUUACUGAAUAUCACCCUCUAGGUUCCUUGAGUAACCUGGAAGAAACACUAAACCUUUCAAAGUACCAAAAUGUCAACACGUGGCAGCACAGGCUGCAGCUGGCCAUGGACUAUGUCAGCAUCAUUAAUUACCUGCACCACAGCCCCAUGGGCACACGGGUCAUGUGUGACUCCAAUGACCUGCCCAAGGCACUGUCCCAGUAUCUGCUGACAAGCAACUUCAGCAUUUUGGCAAAUGACUUGGAUGCCUUACCCCUGGUGAACCACAGCUCUGGGACACUGGUGAAGUGCGGCCACAGGGAGCUGCAUGGAGAUUUUGUGGCUCCAGAGCAACUGUGGCCCUACGGCGAGGACAUGCCUUUCCGCGAUGAUCUCAUGCCCUCAUAUGACGAGAAGAUUGACAUUUGGAAGAUCCCAGACAUCUCCAGUUUCCUUCUGGGGCACAUUGAAGGGAGUGAUAUGGUCCGAUUCCAUUUGUUUGAUAUUCACAAAGCAUGCAAGAGCCAGACUCCCUCAGAAAGACCCACUGCCCAGGACGUUCUGGAGACCUACCAGAAGGUCUUGGAUACACUUAGAGAUGCUGUGAUGUCUCAGGCAAGAGAGAUGCUGUGAAAACCAGUCCAGCCAAUGAAGGUCAUAUAUCUAAUAAGGAAUUGAUAUCCAGUGUACAUGUAGAACUCCUGUAAUUCAACACAAAAACCAAACAGUCCAAUUAAUAAAUGGAGAAGAGAUUUGAAUGAACAUUUUUCUAAAGAACAACUGAAGCUCAAGAUUUCCCAGAUAACUUUUCUUUCUUCAAAAUCUGCUUCUGUGUUUCCUCAUCUCUAGGUGGCACAGCAUGCAUCUGAUUUCCCAAGCCAGAAACCUCAGAAAUCUUGACUCCAGGAAGAAGUACUGAGUUUUUAAAAACUCAUCUUAUUGACUCAUUAUUUUAUAUAAUAAAAUGCAACAGUUUUAAGUGUAUAUUUCUUUUUUUUUUUUUUUUUUUUAGACGGAGUCUCGCUCUG